AUGUUAUUAUCAUAUUUAAAAGUCCCAUUGUCAUCAAAAUUAUUAACUUCUUAUUUAUUAAAUACUACUAUUCGUACAACUACUACUGUCUCAGUAAACUCGACAAUUAAACAAGAUAAUCAAACACGUAAUGAAUCUCAAGGUCAUCGAGUAAACACAGGAAUACUUUUACUAAAUAUGGGUGGACCAGAAACAACAGAUGAAGUAUUUGAUUUUCUUAAUCGUCUCUUUUCUGAUAAAGAUAUUAUGCCUUUACCAGCUCAAAAAACAUUAGGCCCUCUUAUUGCUCGUCGUCGUACUCCAAGUAUACAAGAACAAUACGCAAAAAUUGGUGGUGGAUCCCCAAUUAAAAUGUGGACAGAAAAACAAGGUCAAGGAAUGAUUAAAAUAUUAGAUCAGAUAUCUCCAUCGACAGCUCCUCAUAAAUAUUACAUUGGUUUUCGUUAUGUUAAACCAUUAACUGAAAUGGCACUGGAUGAAAUUGAAAAAGAUUGUCCUCAACAAAUUAUUGCUUUUACACAAUAUCCACAAUAUAGUUGUUCAACAACGGGUAGUAGUUUAAAUGCAAUAGCUCGAUAUUAUAUAGCAAAAAAGAGAAAGUCAAAAUUAGAAAAAGAUAAUAAAGUUUCUAAUACUAAUAACUCUUUAAAUAUUCAAACAUCUAAUGACCUUCAAUGGAGUGUUAUUGAUCGUUGGCAAACACAUUCUGGUUUUAUUGAAGCAUUUGUUAAAAAUAUUCGUAAUGAACUGAACAAAUUUCCAGAUGAUGUUCGUAAUGAUGUUGUUAUUUUAUUUUCUGCUCAUUCAUUACCAAUGAGUGUAGUCAAUCGUGGCGAUCCUUAUCCAGCAGAAGUUGCUGCAACUGUUCAAGCAGUUAUGGAAUCUCUUAAUUUUUCAAAUCCAUAUCGACUUGUCUGGCAAUCAAAAGUUGGACCAAGUGCUUGGCUUGGCUGUGCAACAGAUGAUGCUAUCAAAGGAUUAGCUAACAAUAAUCGUCGACAUAUUCUUUUAGUUCCAAUUGCAUUUACAAGUGAUCAUAUUGAAACUUUACAUGAACUUGAUAUAGAAUAUGCUCAACAUCUUGCUACAAGUGUUGGAAUUAAAAUGAUUCGUCGUUGUGCAUCGUUAAAUGAUAGUUCACUUUUUAUCAAAGCAAUGGCUGAUAUUGUUCAUGAACAUAUACAAAGUCAACGUCGUCAUACAACUCAAUUACCUCUUCGUUGUCCAGGUUGUGUCAAUGCUUCAUGCGAACAAAUGCGAAAAUUUUUUUGUUCAUCAUCAUAA